AUGGAUUUGAACUUCUCCCACUCUUCUUCCAAUUUAUUAUAUUAUAUUUAUCAAUAUAUAUAUAACAUUGAUAUACGUAAAUUGUGUUUAUUUUAAUUGGUUAAUUUAGGCACGUCGGGAGCUAAAUUUACACUAAAAAACAAAUGCGGCUACACAGUGUGGCCCGGAAUUUUAUCUAAUGCGGGCAGCGACAGACUACACAGCACCGGAUUCGAACUUCCACAGGGCGGGUCUCGGUCUUUCCAAGCCCCACCCAACUGGUCGGGUCGAUUCUGGGGCCGGACCGGUUGUACAUUUGACUCGGUCACCGGUCAAGGCAGCUGCACCACCGGAGAUGGAUCGAACCAGCUUGAGUGCAAUGGCGCCGGGGCCAACCCACCUGCCACUCUAGCUGAGUUCACGGUCGCUUCGGGAACCCUGGACUUCUACGACGUGAGCUUAGUAGAUAAGCAUAAUCUUCCAUUGGUGGUGGACGCGAGUGGUGGGUCGGGCUCGUGUUUGUCAACCGGGUGCGUCACCGACCUGAACCAGCAAUGCCCGUCGGAGCUGAGAGUCGGGAAUAGUGAGGAGUGUAAGAGCGCGUGUGAGGUAUUUGCUAAGCCUGAGUAUUGUUGUAACGGAGAGCACGGAUCACCGGCGACUUGUAAGCCGACGGUGUAUUCCGAGAUAUUUAAAUCGGCGUGUCCGAAGUCGUAUAGCUAUGCUUACGACGAUCCCACGAGUACAUUUACUUGUGCUGGAGCUGAUUACACCAUAACAUGCUGCCCAAGCUUAACUAGUCAAAAAUCUGCAAGAGAUACCUCUACAAGUAGCACAAGUACGUGUACAAGCACAACAAACGGGUCACCCAUGGAUGGGUCAACAUAUGUGGAUAAUAGCUCAUGGUUACCAAACUUUGUGACUGGGGACUCAUCCCAGCCCCAUUUUUCUUAUGCUUUUCACGCUACAUUGACAAUGUUCCAUCACUUUGUUCCUCUAUUCGAUACUAGAGAAAUUGUAGAUAAUGGCGAGAAGAUUUUCAUGGGAAAUUCUGCCACAUCUAAAAUUGCGGGUCAAGAAAGUGUGAUCCUAAAAAUGACUUCUGGAAAGGAGCUAACUCUGAACAACGUACUGUACGUACCAGAGAUCCGGAAAAACCUAGUGUCUGGUUCACUGAUGAACAAACACGGAUUCCGAAUUGUAUUUGAGUCAGACAAAGUUGUUCUAUCCAAAAGUGGAAUGUAUGUGGGAAGUGGUUAUGUAACUGAUGGGUUGUUUAAACUCAAUGUAAUGAUUAAGGUGUCGAGAAGUGAUGGAGGUGGUGAAUAUGAAUCACCAUUUCGUGAAUUCUGUGCAAAAAAUGGAAUCAUCCAUGAAAACACUGCACCUUAUUCACCUCAGCAAAAUGGUGUUGCUGAACGGAAAAAUCGUACAUUGAAAGAGAUGAUGAAUGCGAUGUUGAUUAGUUCUGGAUUGCCGCAGAACAUGUGGGGAAAAGCUAUCUUAUCAGCUAAUUAUCUUUAA